GUGCCAAUUCUGUGGAACACAACAUAAUCCCUUUCGAUGGAAGUGCCAAAAUUCAGCGCCGCCGCUCCUGGGAUGCUGAAGCUUCCGAAGAAGAGAGAAAGGCGACAGAAGCACUUAUGUCUCGUAUUCAUCAGCUUCAAAAUACUCGAGGCAAAGAACUGUCUGGUGUUCAAAUCACUGCCUACUUCCUUAGGAUUAGAGUGCAGCCUCUUCAGGCUCGCAAAAAUCCCCUUUGGACGUAUUCUGGUGAAAACGACGCCAAUAGAAUCUCCAGUGAUCUUUCUGCAAAGGACUUGGAGAAGUUGAUUCGAAGAGUUUCCCGCUUGGCCAAGAAGGAUCCUAUUCCCUCCUCUUGUCGCGUGGAACCAUACAGCUCCGCCAAUCCUCUCCCCGAGAACCAUCCUACUAUGGCUUCCCUUCCUCCUCUUCCUGAGGAUGGAGAAGUCGAAGAACAGGCUAUCGUUGCCGAAGACACCCAAGGUUCUUCUAUUCCUGAAAGUGAAGUCGCAGGUUCUCACAAAUCUGCGGCUUCCCAUGAAAAAGAAGUUGAAUCUAAAGCCAGCGAGUCAACGCAAUCCCUUCCUCCUGCUUUUAUCUUGACAAGGAUUGAAACAAUUGUUGAACCUGUUCCUCAUUUGGAGAAACUUGCAGAGGCCAACAAACGUGCCGACGCACUUGCUCAAAAACUUGAACAGAGUGAGGCGGCUCGCAAGAAAGCCGAACUUGUUGCUAGCGAAGCCAAAGCCGAGGCUGAUGAAGCCAAAGCAAAAGCUGCUAGUGUCGAGGAACUGCAGAAAAGACUUGAGGAUGCUGCAUCUGCCUUAAACGAGCACAAAGCUGCACAAGCUUCUCGUGAACAGGGGAUCCUCAAGCGCCUGAAAUCACAAAGUCGACGCACUCACAACCAAACAAACCAAGAUUUUGAUCUGGAGAAUCCUGUCGAUGACCCUCUCCUUGACGCACUUUCCUAUCUGGAGCUUCAUGGGUCCGAAAUUCGUGAAGGCGUGGCAAAUGCUAAUGCAUGUUUGUCGGCGCUGUUCCCCUACUUCUUCCCGAAGAAAGAGGAGCCCCCGACUUUCCUUACCCUUGCCAAGAUGUUCAAUUCACCAGAAGACCUUGGACUGAAGAUGCGGCAAGAAAAUAUGAAGAUUGCUGUCGAAGGCACUGUUGCUCUGGUUGCUGACAGCCAACAGACUGUUGAUUGGACAAAAGUUGGCGACACCGAUCAGAUAGAGCAAUCAAGGUGGAGGUCCCUGAUUAAGGCAGCCAAGCCCAACACGAAGAAAAUCUUGGCUUAUCUCGGGAUCAAACCAGCUUCGACUCCUAGCUCAUCAAGGCCGGAGGUCUAGUUGCAUGCCUCUUUGUUUUUCUUUCUCUGUUUCUUUUGCUCUUGUCGCCAAAGUAGUUAUUUGGCGACACGUACUUCGUUAGCUCCAUUGUAAGGCCUUUGUAAUUAUUCCGGAAGAUUAAUGAAGACUUUAUUUUUUGCUUGUUGAUUGA